GAAGCGGCUGAACUCUCCGACACCGAAUCUAUUGCCAGCUGGAAUAUGUAUCUUGAUUGGGCAGUACAUUGUGCAAAACGUAAAAAGCCUAAAAUGUCUACAAAAUCCUCUGAAGAUGCUGUUAAUAACAAUGAGAAGAAUGCUUCAGCAAAUUUUAUCAUUUCACCAAAUACUGUAUGCUGUCUCUUUGAACGUGCUAUUACAGCACAUUGUUUGGACACGUCUAUAUGGAUACGUUAUGCAGAUUAUGUG